GCUCAUUUCCGCAGCGUGACCUUCACCUUAGUACGGUAUUUUCAUUUGAAAGCUCUCAUCUGUCUCACUGAUUGAAUGACCGAACUAGAGAAAUAGGGGGAAGAAAUUUCACGGUUCUCUCCUUUCCAAGAUCUUGGACUAGAAGAAAUUCUCACAGACUGUAAGAUUUUCUUUUGCGUUUGCACUUUGUUUGAUUCGCGUCUUUCUUGCUGCUAUCAGUUUAGGGGGAGGGGAGUUCGUGAAAGAGAUGGCUCGGGAGGUGGAGGACGCCAUGGAAGUCCGGUAACGGUAACGUGCGUCGGAAAAGGCGCAUUAAUGCACACAUUAAGGAAUGCGCAUUCGCAAGUGCCUAGCCGACUCUGAAAUGAGGCAGAACAAGGGAUCAGCAAAGAAACGGAAAGAGAUGAGUGGUGAAGACAUCAACAUAGAAGAUCCGUAUCUCACAUCUGAGAUAACAAUUUGCAACAGAAUGAUGCUAUAUCACCGAGAACAACGACCAACUCACUACACGCUUCAAAUAAAGUCAUACUCAGCACUAGCUUCUAGUAAGAUAGAACGCUAUGAGUCUUCUGUAUUUGAAGCUGGUGAUUACAAGUGGAGGUUGAUUUUGUAUCUUCAUGGAAAUAGUGAAGUCAACAAGGAUGGUCAUAUCUCUCUGUACUUAGGGAUUCCAGAAGCACAAAUUGCUGAACUCCCAUUUGGUUGGGAAGUUUGGGCUCAUUUUAAAUUUUUGGUUCUUGAUCAGAUAAAUGACAAGUAUCUGGUCAUUCAAGGUAUUGCAUUUUUGUUGUCGUAGGUUCAAAGUGGUUCAUGGAGUACGAUUACUGGGGAUUAAGUCACUUCAUGUCGUUAGAGGAUCUUAAAGAUCCAACAAAGGGCUACUAUGUGAAUGAUACUGUCAUUGUUGAGUGCCAGAUUUCAUUCAUUAGUGUAUCCGAAGUUCUUGAUGAAUGAGAAAUGAUAAGUCUGAUUGCUGAUUAGCUCGUAUUUCUGUGUUUGUGUUUGGACCUGGGAGCUACUUGGAACUCAAAUUUUUUUGUUGUACAGGAUGUUUAAAAGCUCCAUUAUGUCUGUUAUAGAAGUCUUCACCAUUUAAGUGACAUUUUGUUGCCGAAGAGGUUGAGUGGAUGAAGCUGGUGUAUGCCGUAGAUCUCUCAUUGAUAAGAUAGCUGAAGACUUGUAAUUAUGUUUUGUGUAUUUUGUGUGUACAUUUAAGCACUUGGAUGGGUAAUAUAUUUGGUAAAAACUGCUUGGAGCUGAUAGUCAAGGACUAACUAUUUGCUAGAUUAGCUCAUGUUAAUGUCUAUGAUUACUUUUGUGCCUAUAAUCAUCCACCCUUGUUACGAGCCA